AUGGCUACCCAUCACGCUCGCCAUCCUUCGCACCAUUCCAAAAAGCCGGUGCCAGCGCACGCACGGCCGUCGAAGCCUGCGCCUCUCUCAAAAAGAUCGCUUUCCUACAACAAGAGCAGUCACAAGGCCGCUCAUAGUAGGGAUCUUGAGGUUGCAAACGACGAAGAGGACUCAAUGGCAGUGAGCUUCCUCAACUACUGCACGGUCUGCGAAAAGCAAAUCAUUGUACCAAGUAACACGGUGCUCUACUGCUCGGAAAGCUGUCGUAAGACGGACGCCGAGAAGAGUCUUACCUACUCCUGCGACUACUACUCACCGCCCAUGACACCCUUUGGCACAUACUCCUUUGAAGACUUGACCUUCCGUGACAUUGUCCCUCAGCGCUCUCCUACACAGUCGGAUUCGAAACGAUCGUCCAUGGCCUUCUCUGACAUCUCAUCGGAUGACAACUUACACUCGGACAACGAGAAGUCACUGCGAUCAAACUCAGAAGCUUCCCGAUACCUUCGCAAGUUCCAGUCAAUAAAUCACACUAGUGAGACCGUUAGGCCUUGUCGGCCCCGCUACAACCGUGCCUCUGCUUCCCAGAUCAGUUUCCCGGUCGCGCCUUCCCUCUCACAUACGCCGACCUCAUCCGUCAGCUACUCACUGCCGUAUACUCCGGCCAACUUCCGACCGCUUCCACCCAGGACAAAUCCGCAUAAUUCAUCCUAUGGCGCCAAAUCAAUAGACCUCGUCACUCCUUUGACUGCCCCGUCAAGUCCGAAACAGUACACGCACAAGACCCCGCCCAUUAUGAAGACUUCGACGAGUACCAUUGAGGGCGAGAUCGUCUACGCCAAAUCACCCGUCCCUUCGCCCUCUACCGCGAGCGGGAGUCUUGGACAACUGUUGAACUCCACACCCCGCUGA